AACCUUAGCAUUGUCGUCUGAACUUCAAAACAUCGUAUCCGUUCAUCCAAAAUGUCGAACCCGAUUCGUCCAUGGUUCCGUCUCUCGAGCAUCGCUCUACCAACCCCACAGGGCUCGACUGAACCAGCCCCACCAAGGCCCGCCUCUACCCGCCACAGAGCGGUCGUUAGGCCUGCGACCGUUGUCCCACCACCGGCUCCUCCUCCAGCACCGCGAGCUCCCUCCCCGCCAAAACGAGAAACCACUCCUCCUCCCCCUCCACGUCAGCCGACACCCCCGCCACGUGCCCUCUCCCCACAGCGGCGUCCGGUGGUUUCCCCGCCGCCAACUCCGCCGCCGAGAAUUUCCGUUCAAUCGUCGCCGCCGCCACCGCCACCGCCGGCUCCAAAAUCUCCGCCGUCUCCGACUAAGGAUGUUAAGGAGGCUCUUGUCCGCAUUGGAGAUCCUCCGCGGAAACCGCUCCCUCCGCCAGAAUAUCCAUCGGCGAGGUCCAUAAAGCCCGAGCCACGGACUCCGCCAGAGCCGCCGAAGCCGAAAGCCUCAUCUCCGAAGCUGUCGCCUUACUCUCUCCCACCGUCUCAACUAAGAUCCUCACACGAAGACGACGUCACGACCCAGAAAAAAGUUCUGACAGCUGAAAAAUCAAGCAACCUCUAUCAGCAAAAGGACCAACAUCUCCAACACAACCAAGGCAAGGUCACCAAGAAGAUUCCGCAGUCGGAUUCAGAGGACAUGGGCGCUCGGGUCAUCACCAUUGCAGGUGAAAACAAAGGUGCUGUAAUGGAGAUCCUACGCGGCGACCCGAAGCAUCUCACGCAGGCAGGGAAAGCUAGGGUUUUGAAGGGCGGAGGCAGCAGCAGCAGCAGCGACGAAGGAGAAGGGAAGAAGACAAAGAACAAAGGAAAGAUGGAGAACCCUAAUGGAACCCUGCCAUUGAAAGCUUUCAUGAACAGCAACGUUCAAAUGAUCAACAACUCCAUCGUGUAUAAUUCGUCUGCGACUCAUCAUGACCCUGGAAUUCAUCUGUCUCUCUCUAGGAAACCAGGGAAUGGCUUCCACGUCAAAAAACACGGAAAUGGAGACAACAGCUAAAUGAAGAUGGAGACUAAAAACACAGAGGAAAACGGCGAGAAAAUAAAUAAUAAAGGGUUUUGGAUUAAAGUUUGUUUGAUGUGUUCUUUAUAUCAAGAUUUAAAAUUGAAAGUGUCA